AGUGUGACUGGGAGGUGUUUGCUGCUUAGCUUUCAGUAGUUGAGGCUUUUAUUCCUUAGGGAAGAAACUUCUACGUGGGAUUUUGUAGAUAGCUUCUUCAUCUCACAGAAUUGAGGCAUAGGGGAAACUUUCUGAAGCUUCCAAAGCUGCAGUCUUUGUGUAUCCUCUAAAAUCUCUGUAGUGCCUUCAAGUGAAUGUGAUUUGCUUUUGUGUCUGCAGCUCUGGGCGGUAGAAAAGUGUCUUCUCUGCUUUUACAAAAACUCAAACUCUGCCUGUAGUCACUUGUGACAAACUAACUGCAUUCUUUAUUACAGCUCAUGAGAGAUGAAUACUUAACCCUAGGUAAUAUUUUGUAUCUUUGUCUCUUUUUGGAUAAACCUUAUUCAUUGAAUCUCAGUGUUGUUACCUCCCACUGGUUACCUCAGAUAUCCCAGGUGCCUAAGAAAAAUCAGCAAUUUGCAGAUCAAUCAGAUUUAAUCAAGUUGGAGUGAUGCACCUUUCAGCUUCCAGUCUUUUCUUCUUCUGAGUAUCCAGUGUGACCUGCUUCUUGCCCAUCUUUGCUCAAGUUCCUGCUCAUAAGGAGUGGACUAAAGACCAGUCAUCCUUUGGAGCUCAAACUUUAAUAAGAGUUUAUUCAAUCAGAACUUUUUUUAAAGAAGUGUCAAUGUCUGAAGAAGUUACUUAUGCAGAUUUAAAAUUUCCAGACUCCCUUAAGACUGAAAACAUUGAAGCAUUUGAAAACUUUGAGAUAAAAGAGACACCUGUUACUUCUGAUGUCAGUCAUCACAGAGUCCUGGCUCUUACUGUUUUGUGCUCUCUGCUACUGAUUGGAUUGGGAAUCUUAGGAAGCAUGUUUUAUGUAACUUCCAAGAAACAAAUGGAAAAAUUGGAUGAAUUGCAAAAUGUAAAUGAAGAACUUCAGGGAAAUUUAUCUCAACUACUUAUGGAUAACAUGAAUAAUUCUAUGAAGAUCAAUAACCUCUCUCACACAUUGCAAGAAAUAACCACCAAAUUUUGUCAUGAGUUAUAUAGAAAAAAUAAAGAUCACAAAUGCAAACCUUGUCCGGAAAAAUGGUUAUGGCAUGAGAACAGUUGCUACUUACUAACUACAACAAUGAAAUCAUGGCAAGAGAGUAAAAUGGAAUGUUCUGCUCAGAAUGCCAGCCUGUUGAAGAUCAAUAACAAAAGUAUAUCGAAUUAUAUAAAGUCCAAGAAGUUAUAUAACUUUUGGCUGGGAUUAUCUCCUCGAUAUUCUUCUAUGAGCGAUAAGAAUCUGGAUAGUUUAAUUGACUCCCCUGACUGGAAUAUAAACAAGACAAAUAAGUCAAAUGAUAAGCUGUAUUGUGGAUACUUAUAUGGUUAUAAUGUUUACUAUUCUCACUGCAAAACUGAAAUAUAUAGUAUAUGUAUGCAGUUGGCUGGCCCGGUGAAGAUUGCAAAUACUCUGAGUGAAGUGCCAGAUGAAAGGGCGUAGUUGAUGCAGUUACUUUGCCUCAGCUAUAAUCCUGCAGUUAAAAACAAUUCCAGGUGAAUACAUUGUGUGGAGCAUACAAAUGGAAAAAAAAAAAAAGAUGCUGGGAGACUAUUUUUGCAUUUCUUCUGUCAUUUUACUUUUUCAAACAUACAUUUUUGUCCUGAAUGACUGAAUAAAAAAAGCUUAAGGUCA